AUGGUGAAAAAGGAGGAGUUCGAGUACACCGAGGAGGACGAGCACCUCGACGACGAGGAGGAGGAAGAAGAAGAAGAGGAGGACGAGGAGGAGGUCCAAGCCGCCGAUGCUCCCGCCGAGGAAGCUGCUCCGGCUGAGGAGGCCGCCGAGGAACCCGAGGCCGAGGAAGCUGAAGAAACUGAAGAAGCAGAGGAGGCUGGAGGUGAAGCAGAAGCAGCUCCAGCACCGAAGGCUUCGCACGCCCCGCGUACUCGAACUCCUGAGCCGACGGAGAUGACUGAGGCCGAGAGGGCCAUGGUCGCUGCCAAAAAGCGCCAUGAGGAGGAGGAGAAGCUCAAGAUGCUCGACUACGAGGAGCGCAGGAAAGUCGAGAAGGCGCAGUACGAGACCGAGCUCCGCGAGCUGAAGGAGAAGCAGGAAAUUCGUCGUCGUGAGCGCCAAAAGGAGGAGGCGGAGUACGAGGAGCGCCGCCGCACCGCCGAGCAGAAGAAGCGCCAAGAGGAGGAGGAGCGCAAGCAGAAGAUCGAAGCCCAAAAGCGCGCCCGCUACGAGGAGAAGCAGCGCCGUCAGCAGAUGAUGGCCGGCUCGUUCAAUGCGGCUGCCGCAGCGGCUGCCCCCGGUGGCAAGAACUUCACCAUCAGCUCGAGCGGCGAGCAGGCCGAGCAGUUCGGAAACCUGGCCGGCAACAAACAGAAAGCCCACGAGGUGUCGGCCGAGCAGAGGGAGGCCGCCAAGAGGGCGUUCCUCGAGGCUGUCUGCAAGCAAAUCGACGUCUCCGGCCUGUUGCCCAACGACCUGAAGGAGAAGAUCAAGCAGGUUCACGCGAGGAUUUGCCGAUUGGAGGCGGAGAAGUACGACCUGGAGAAGCGCAACGAGCGCCAGGAAUAUGAUCUCAAGGAGUUGCACGAGCGCGAGCGACAGGGUGCCCGCCAGCGUGCUCUGAAGAACGGGCUCGACCCUGAGGAGGCCGCCAACUCGAAACACCCCCCGAAGAAGCGCGUCGCCUCCAAGUUUGACCGGCAGACCGACCGACGAACAUACGGCGACAAGCGCGACAUCUUCGAGAGCCCCAUCCUCCCCAAGGCCCGGUCCAUCGCCCGAGGCACCGCCCGACCCCCGCCCGAGUGGGGCCGCAAGGAUAACGAGGAGUUGGAGCAGCUCAGGAAGAUUGUCGAGCCCCCGAAGUACAUCGAGCAGGUCAAGGCCGAGGGUGACGCGGCCAAGCCCCCGGUUGCAGCCAUCCCACUCCAGAUGCCGACCGAGGACUUUGAUGAUUCAAUCCCAAUGGAGCCGGUGAAGCCCGUCUACGAUUUCCCCUCAGCCGGAGGAGCCGCCAACAUGCUCGGAGUCCCCAGCCAAGGAGCCCUAGAAAACGAGAGUGCACCUCAGGACGUCGACCCGACGCCGGCUGCCGCGCCUGAGCCCGCUGCGGAGCCCGAGCCCGAGCCAGAACCUGAGGCCGAGCCCGAGCCGGAGCCCGAAGCCGAGCCCGAACCUGCCGCCGAGCCGGAGGCCGAAGAAGAGGAGGAAGAGGAAGAAGAA